AUGUUGACAGCAAUCUUUAUUGAAUUUUGUGCUUGUGCUAAAGAAAUAGCGCCUUCGCUGGUAAUGACGCUGUCAGCUGUAACAAUUAUUUCUGUUUUAUUGUGCAAUCUGAAGAAGAAUAAGGUUAAGAAGCAUCCGAAUAAUGUAACGGUGGAAGGAACUGUGCGAGUAUCAGUUCAUGGCCCAUUUUCCAAUAAAUCUGAUCCAGUAUUCCAUAGUUCCUCGAACUCAAAAAGUACAAAUCUGGGUGUGGGACCGAGUAUUAGGAGGUCAUUAGAUCAAAAGAAACCAGCAAAUGAUUCGCUUCUUAAAGAAAAAGAUGAUGGAACUCCUUUACUCAGUGAAGCUACUACCGAAGAGGAAACUGAAUUAAAGAAAAUGGAAUCAAGCACACAUCGUUCUGAUAGCACUCAAAAAUCAAAGGAAUCACAAAGAAUUAUAAUCAAAAGUCCAGCAAUAAAACAUUCAGUUGAAGGACUCGAGGAGGACCGUCUCUCAGAUUUAGCGAUUGACUCAAGCCAGAAAUCAAGUAUUGAAGUAGAUUCAACAAUGGAUGAUUGCAAUUAUUCUGCUGAAACCAAGCCUAAAAUUGUUAAGGAAAUAAGCAAAGCGAAUUUGUUUAAGUGCAAAAAGGGUUCAUGGAAGACAAUAGAACACGCACCAGAAGUUGUAAGUAGUAAGAAAGAACAAGAAACCACUAACACAUCAUCAAAUCCUUCUGAUAAGAGUUCUACUAGAGAUGAGAGGAUGCAACUGCACACGAAUGAUACGACUGAAUCCGACCAAGACUAA